AUGUCCAUUCCUGUGAAUCACUUAGGAGCGACUAAUAUUGUGUUGGCUACUGAUAAUCCACGACAAUCUUCCACUUGUUUGGAAUCAGUUUCUGUUCAUGAUAAAACUGAAGUGCAUGUUGGAAGUCUUGGUUUAGGAACAGCCUUAGCCGUUGCUUAUGAUCUAUGCAGUGAUAAUGGGAUUGUGAAUCAGUUCAAUACCAACGCUAAUUUAUGUGCCUCAAAUCCUCAACUUGCAAAUUUCCUUUCAUUAUCUGCAAUCAAAUCACCAAAUUCACAAUUUUCGACUCAUUGUCGUAGUACAUCUCUAUCUGACCAACAUACAUAUAAUAUUUAUUCUAAUUAUUUUACAAAUAAUUCAUUAUGGACAUUACAACAUACUGAUAGUUACCUAACUCCUAUCUCAUCUGCAUCUACAAUAUUUGAUGGUUCUAAUUCAAUAAAAUCACUCGCAAAUGAUAAUGAUCAUUCCAAAUCUAUUUCUUCCACUUGUGAUUUCUCAAAUAAAAGUAACUAUUUUCCUCAUGUCUCUCUUGAUAGUAGUGUAUGCCAACCAAAUGAUGUAGUUUGUUCAAUUGGAAGCAUGAUUGAUGGUCAUUACAAUAAUAAUCACAACAAUAUUGAUACCAGUCCACAUGUUUCUAAUUUACCUACUGCAUCGAGUGGACAGAAGAUUAAUACAAAUAAUUCAGAUAAUGAGUGUAUAGGUAUUAAUCAAGGAAUUACAUCAAAUAAUUACGACAAUAAUAAUAUUGUUUUGAAGGAAACGACAGAUACAAAUCAUGUUACUUCAUCAUCUACUACUUCUAUUGAUGAUAGUUUAUAUCAGUUAUCUGAGGAAGAAAUGAAAGAAAUAGAUACAUCACUUACAACAAAUGCCGAUCUCAUGGCUAGUCGUCAAUGGAAGUAUUAUAUUGAGACAAAUGAAUGGACACGUGCUACCUGUGCAUUGAUGGCAUGUUUAUUUACUAGAGAUCAAAUGGCUAAUUCAACUGUUUUAGGUCGUGGUGGUUCACAACGUGCCCGUCUUCCAAGCAAUCUAGUUGCCUAUGUUGUCACUACAAUCCGUCGACGAUUCAAUAAACCAGCCGCAGCUGUACGUGCUCGUAUGGCACAGAAAUGUAAAGAUGAACGACGUUUUGGUCGUAUACCUAAUUCCAAUGGAAAUUCAUGUAUAGAUGGAAAUUCUGAUUGUAAUAAUACACCAUCACCAGUUGCUGCUAUUUCAUCUAGUCGAUCAGGUACAAGAAAAACUCGUAAACGACCAGCUAAUUCAACAUCAACAUCAUCAUGUUCAUCUCAUUCAUUAAAUGGUAUAAAACAACCAUGUACACCAAAUUAUAAUAUUUAUCAAAUGAAUAUUACCAAUGAUGAUUGUUGUUCAUCAACAACAGAUUCUAAUCAACUUCCACCGAUAAAUUUAUCACCUAAUGGUAUGAGUUUAAGUGGUAUCGGUGAUGAUGUCAAUGGGGAAUAUGAUUGUAUGCUACAAACAUCUUUGGAUGAUUCAUUUACAUUAUUAGAUCAAUCUGAUGUUGUGAAUUAUCCUCAAAUUUAUCCGCUUGUUAAUCAUAUCACAACAAUCCCAUCAUCAUCACCAAUAAUUACAAUGACUAAUGGAGUAAAUAAUAUCAAUGGUUCAUGUAAUCUAUCUAAUACAUCGUGUAUAUCAAUAUUUUCCAAUGAU